AUGUCUCAGCAGCAAGCAACGAGAGCAGAUAUCGAUAAUACAUUCAAACGAUUAACUCAAAACCGACAUAAUAAGGCUUGCUUUGAUUGCAACACCAAAGGUCCUACUUGGGCUUCUGUCACAUUUGGCAUCUUCCUCUGUCAGGAUUGUGCAGCAGCACAUCGCAAUCUAGGUGUACAUAUCAGCUUUGUCAAAUCGACCCAUCUUGACUCAUGGACAACAGAGCAACUCGAGAUGAUGAAAUGUGGUGGCAACGGUGCUGCACACGACGCAUUGGAUGGUAUCUCUUAUAAGGACACUCAAUCAAAGUACUCCAGCAGACUGGCUCAGCAAUACAAACGCGAUCUUCAAGCCAAAGCGCAAAAAGCCUUAUCAGCACCUAUGGGGAUUGAGAAUCUGAUUGAGGAUAUUACAACACAACCAACAAAUGGACAAGAGCCAUCAUUAAUCGACCUCGAGCCUAUGCCAUCAUCAAUAGCAGGAAAUGGAUACAUCAACACCACUACCACCGAUAGCUCUGGGAUGGCAAAGAACGAUGAUGACUUUUUUGCAUUAUGGGAGAAAAAGGGACAAUCAAAGCAGCAGCAACAGCAGCAACAACUCCAAACUCUACGAACCAACAAAUACAAGCAGGCCCGACCCCAUCAGCAUUUGGGAGCACGUAAAGUCGGCAUGAUCAAUUUCGAAGAAGCACAGCAACGAGAACGACAUGAAUCCCAGGAACGAGAACGUCGAGCUGCCGAAGAAUCACAAAAGCGAUUUUCAACUCCAUUAUACAACCAUACACCAUCAUCCAUUUCUAGACCUAGUCAACGAUCUUCACGACUUGGUAUACAAGAUGAUGACGAUGAAGACGACGAUUGGAAUCACCAUAGCAACGUGGAAAGUCGUCGCCAUGACGACAAGGAUGGUGAAGAUAUGGAUAGGCUUGGAAUGGGAGUCGCAAGAAUGAAUGUACGCAAACCUACAGCAUCAUCGUCAUCAUACGCAUCUCGACAACAACAAGAGGAGGAGAUUACUUAUGCAAGAGACAAGUUUGGCAAUGCUAAAAGCAUAUCCAGUGAUCAGUACUUUGGAAGGAAUCAGUAUGAUCCCAGCCGGAUAGCUGAAAAUUCAGCACGACUCGCAAAGUUUCAGGGUGCAUCAAGUAUCUCAAGUGACCAAUAUUUUGAUCGAGAACCAAGGAGGGUGGAUGAUUUCUCGGGUGGCUAUGUACGGGGAACAGGCACUUAUCGCCAAGGUAUGAGCUCAUCUGGUGGAUCUGGUAACGCCCUUUCAAAAAAAUUGUUGUCAGCUGCAAGUAAAGGAGCUACCAAGCUGCAAAGGGUCUUGGCAGAAAUGGAGCAACGACACUCGUGA